UGGUGUUUUAAUUUCUUCCUUUUUAUAGGGAUUACUUACAAGGAUUUCACAGACGUAAAGAAGAACGUCGCCGUAAAGCUCAAGAAGAACUCAAACAAAAAAUUAAAGAUGAGAAGAAAAUGAUUCAAGAAAAACAAAGAGAAAUGAUGAAGCAGAUUAUAACAUCACAAUGUGCAGUACCAGAGGUGGAACAUCUUUUCAAACCAAUAACCUAUGACCUAGAAAAGCACACAGUCACCAUCAGUACACUGGAAGAUGGUGAUUUAGUUGGUUACAGGGACCAACAACUUGGCACAAACAAAUCUGAUGAUGAGAUCUCAGAAAUAGAGGAGUCACAGGAAUCUCGACCUGGAAAUGACCAAGAUCCUGUUAGGACAUCUGAUGUGAAAAAACAUCUUAGAAGAAACAAUGCUGCUGCAGUGAAGAAGAGUAAUGUUUUUAAACAGAAAAAUAAGCAACAGAAAAUCAAAGAUAGGAAACAAGCCAGAAAGAAGAAACACUUGCAGCAAAAACAGCACAGGAAAAAGAAAAAGAGGGGAAUUGUAAAAAGAAAAUAAGUUCUGUGUAGCUAGAAACAAUUAAUAAAUGUAUUUUUUUUAUUUAGAACUGUCAUGGUUUACAUGAAAUAGUAAAUAUGUUAAGAUUAAGUGUAGGAAUGGUUGAAGGUCUGUCAGAUUUAGAAAGGAUGAAACCUCAAUUUUGAAUUAUCGUAGUAAGGGGCCUCCAGUGUUACAGUAUUGCAUGGGGGACCUCAAAGGGCCUAAAUUUGGCCCUGUUGAAGGGAUUGGAAUAACUUAUUUCUAACUGAAGUAACAAUAAUGUAAUUCAACUCAAAUUUUGUUUCCCUGUAAUUUUAAUUACUUCUCUUUUGAUAUCAAAAAGGCAUUCUGAAUUCCGUGAGGUUGGUCAUCAUGGGACAUAAAAGAAUGGAUUUGGUGUCUGGGAAUUCUUAGCGCAUUAUACAUUAAAAAAAAAUGUUUUUCGUAUAUACAGUAAUAUUUGCAAUCUAAUUAAACAUCAUUAUAAAAGAUUAAUACAACAUUUUAAGCUUUAAUAAGUAUUGAAAUACUUUAAAGAAUCUCCACAUUUCCAAAGACUUUUAGGUUUUUGAUGUUUGGCCAUCAGCCAAUAUUCACGUAUUAGCUAGAAGGCUCUCAGUUGCUGAGAUUCAUUGAUAAUUGGCAUUAAAAAUUUCAGUGAGCAUUAUAUAGUUCUGCAUCAUACAUAAAAUACUCAGUGGUUGGUUCACCUUAAAAAAACUGUAAACAUUAAAUUACACCAAAGGCAAUAUGUAUAUUUUGUUUAUAUCUGAAAAUUGCACAAAAUUGAAAAUUAGUUAAUAAAUUUUCUUGGGACAAGGUAUGAAUCUCUCUCCCUUGCCCAUCACUGGAUUAAGCUACCAUCCUGAAUCCUAGGAUUUAUUUUUGGCUUUUAAAUCUGUGGGAGAUUUGGCCACCCAUGGGUAUCAGUGUUAUAGCUAUGAAUGAAAUUGUCACCUGUUGAUUAACUCUACUUACCUUAGGUUUCAAAGAAGAACUAAGAUUUCUUGUUGCCUUGCAUUUUUGACUUUAAUAAAAUAUAUAUAUAUAUUUUGGAGAAACAUUAAUCUAGAAUGUUAGAAUGGAUUUUUAAAUGUUACAACUGUUUUUAUAGUGUUAUCUAUAGAAAGUUAAUAACAGUAACAAAAUGAUCUCAUAUUGUUGAUUGAAAUGUCAAGUAUUGACACAGAUUAUAAUUAAUCAAAUAAAAAUGGCUAGGUGCCCAGUGGUUAGUGUGCUCAGACUGUAAGUCUGGGGGUUCCUGGCUCAUUGCAGUAAAAAAAAAACACUGCACUUUAGAGUUAUGGGUGUGUUAUAAAAGUGAUGGUGAAAUCUCACUGUUUUGUCAGACAAGACUUGGCAAUAGACACUGCCUUCCCUUUAGUCUGUCAUUUCAAAAUUAGAGAUGGUUUGUUUAGCUUGGCAAAAAAAAAAUCCAAAACAAAUGAAUUAAGACUUAUUACUGCAUUUAUUUCAUGAUAGAAAGUUUGACCUAAAGAUAUAGAAUUAGGAACUUUAAAAUUUCUAAUAUGAAAGAAGUAAUAUGAAAAUAAGUGGCUUUGUUCACCUGCUUACAAGAAACUGUUAAUGUUAAGAUAGAUAAGAACAUGUUUGUUUGUUUUUUAAGUUAAUUAUGUCAAGCAGUACCAAACUUUAGCUUUUGAUUAUGUUGCCUUUUCAAUUUUUUUUUCUGUCAAGAAAAUUAAAAAUACACAGUAAGGUUCAUCCUUAGUACAGCACUAAUCUUACCCAGGACAGUUUACUAUAAAGUUAAAAUUGUGUUAUCUGGAAUGAAUGUUUGAUUUUAAAGAUAAACUUUUUAAUAUUUAUAUUGUUAAAAAUAAUGCACAAAGCAUACUGAACUAAACUACAUUUUUUUACUAUAAAUGUUAUAAGUUUCUGUUAAAAGAUGCAAGCAAUAUGGGCAACAAUUAUUUAUCAUUUAGAAACUCAAAACAUUUCAUCACAAAAAUCUAAAAAUUAUAUUACUGGGCACGGUUGAAAGUAACUUUUUAAAUAGUUUGUCUGAUGAAUCUGUUACCACACACACUACACAGUUUUAAUUACAGUAAAGCAGCUAAUACAGCCUAACCUUAUUAAACAGCCUAAGUAAUACAUUAGGGUAAACCAUUUGAAAUACAAUU